AACAAAAAAAAAAAAAAAAAAGUUAUAGAGGUUCGAACCUACCGAUGUGCAAAAUUUUUGCAAGUAAAAGUUAUGAACGAGUGUUGGUCUCGCGCCUGAAAUCAACGAAGUAAACGCGUGGCGCCGUAUAAAUACGCAACUUGUUCAACCUUGCUUCUCCUUCUCCUCCAAUCUAGGGCAUCACUUCCGGCAACCACCGCCGUCUUCGGCGAUUCUGUCUCCAUUUCCGAGGUUGGACAACUUGUAGCAUGUAAAGUUUGACAUCUGAGGAUAGUGAGAGAGAAGAUGGGAAAAGAUUCAAAGAACUGCAAACAACCUUCUCACCGGCUCUUAAAGGAUCAAGCAAAGAAUCGAAUUGAGGGCCUUCAAUCAGUGUUCAAUGAACUUCAGGGUGCCAUGAAGGAGAGUCGGGUCGGUGAUGUUGCUACUUUGGAACAGCAAGUUAAGCAAAUGCUUUGUGAAUGGAAAGCUGAUCUCUCUGAACCAACUCCAACUUCUUCAGUGCCUGAAGACAGUCUUGGGUCAUUUUCUAAAGAACUUGGUCAGCUGUUGCAACAAUUUGAAGUAGAAGAUGAUGCAACAAGUCCAUUAACAGCACCGCCUAUCAUGAGGCAUGGUGAUGCCACCUGCACAUAUGCAGUGCCAAACUCUGGAGGAGAUGUGGAGGUUUGCUACUUGAAUCAUACACCCCAGCAACAAUUUCAAGGUUUUCAGAUUCAUACACCUCAGCAAAAUGAUUUCGAAGGUUUCCAAAAUCAUAUAUCACAACAUGGGUUUCCUGACCUUGACAAUCAUACACCACAGCAUCACGAACUUCCAGGUUUUGUGAAUCACACAUCAGAGUCUCAAGACUAUCAAGGCUUUGCGCAUUGCAAUAACGCUGCUACUAAUAUGCAAGGUGGAAUGAUCAAUAACUUUGAAGCUUCAGGUCUGCACAAUAUGGUGCUUAAUAACUUUAACAUGUCUACUCAACUGGAUGAACAUCAGAAUCUUGACAGUGAAAUCUUUAUCAGUGCCAGCGGCAUUGAGAAUUGGGGAUUGAAUGACAUUCCUGAUUUCUUGGGUGUAUUGCCGAACGUCAACCCUCCGCCAUCUGCUUUCUUAGGUCCAAAAUGUGCUCUAUGGGAUUGCGUAAGACCUGCUCAGAUGUCUGAGUUCUGUAAAAACUACUGUAGUGCCUUUCAUGCUGAGUUGGCAGUAAAGGAAUGCCCUCCAGGAACUGUACCUAUCAUGAGGCCUGGAGGUAUAGGGUUGAAAGAUGGUCCACUUUUUGUGGCUCUUAAGUCAAAGUUGGAGGGAAAAGAUGUGGGCAUUCCAGAAUGUCUUGGGGCUGCUUCUGCAAAAUCUCCAUGGAAUACUCCUGAACUAUUCGAUGUUUCAAUCUUGGAAGAUGAAAAGAUAAGAGAGUGGCUCUUUUUUGAUAAGCCUAGAAGAGCAUUUGAGACUGGAAACAGAAAGCAGAGGUCAUUGCCAGACCACGAGGGGCGUGGUUGGCAUGAGUCAAGGAAGCAGAUUGCGAAAGAGUACAAUGGCCAGAAGAGGUCUUACUAUGCUGAUCCCCAACCACAGAAGGACUUAGAAUGGCAUCUAUUUGAGUAUGAGAUCGAUAAUUGCAAUACUUGUGCAUUGUACCGAUUAGAACUAAAGGUUGCAGAGGAGAAGAAAAAGAGCCCAAAGACAAAAGUAUCAAAUGAUCCCCUUGUUGAUCUACAAAAGCAGAUGGGUAGGCUCACUGCUGAAGGUUCGGCUGAGAACAAGCGCUCUGGGAAGGGCAAGGCAAAGGUCAGUAUGAAUUCAGACCAUGGUCCAAAUAUUGUAAGUGAGACUAAUGGAUCCGGUGGUUCUUCUUAAAGACAUUUUACUGAACAGGUUAAAUCUAAUUAUUAACAGAUACACUGACAAAUUAACUUCUCAUAGAUGUAGUUAGCAGCUUCAGGGGCCUUUUUUCUUGUUUGGGGCCUUUUUUAUUUAGUUUUUCUUUGCACAUUAGGCUCUGUUCUUGUUAAGUUCUUUUUUAUUGGAUGUAUAGUUGAACAUAUGGCUGAAACAACUUUGUACUCUUCCCUUGAAGAAACUGGUGGCUGGGGAGAGCAAUACGCGUUUCACUUUUCUACUCUUCCAGAUCUUCGCAAGAUUUAUAUAGAAGGAAGCCAAUAUAUUUUGUAUUCGACAACA